AUGACGCGAGAUAUCCUCAUUGUGGGCGCAACAGGUCAACAGGGAAAGGCCACCAUUAAUGCCCUGUUCAAUACCCUCGAUCAAUCUCCUCAACACAAUACCCGCAUUCUAGCAUUGACAAGAUCCAUUUCAUCACCCAAAUCCCAAGCCCUUGUCUCAAAAUACCCCAGUAUCGUCCUUGUUGAAGGCAACACGCAAACACCAAAACCAAUUUUCGAAAAGUUUGCUUCCAUCGCGUCCAUAUUUAUCGUCACGGUCCCGCCCGACGAUGAGGCGCAGGCUAUCCCGCUCAUUGAAGAAGCUACUUCCGAGGCCUCACAAGUAGAUCACAUUGUCUUCUCAAGCGUUGAUCGAGGAGGUGAUGAAGCCAGCUGGUCCCAUCCAACAGAGAUUCCUCAUUUCGCCGCCAAACAUCGCAUUGAGCAUAGACUACGAGAAUUAUGUGAACAGACUGGAAAGCGAUGGACUAUUCUCAGACCGACUGGGUUCAUGGAUAGCUACAACCCGGGCUUCUUCGGUAAGAUGAUGGCUUCGCUAUGGGCAGAGGGCAUGCCCAAGGACAGGAAGAUGCAAUUAAUCAGCACCCAUGACAUUGGUCUCUUUGCAGCGAAAGGACUUUUAGAUCCGGACAGUUGGGCUGGAAAGGCACUUGCUCUGGCAGGUGAUGAUCUGUGCUUUUCAGAUGUUGAACGAAUGUUUAGAGAAGUGGUUGGAGAAGAACUUCCACAAACGUACAAGGCAGUUUCUUGGCCGAUUUUGUGGUUAGUAAAGGAUGCAUCUCAAAGUUUUGAGUGGUUUAGGACGGCUGGAUGGAAGGCAAACAUAGAUGAUCUUCGACGGAAAGAACCUGGUUUACAGGACUUCAAGACUUGGCUAAGAGAGUCCAGUGCAUGGAAAUUGCAAGAUAGCUUGCAAAGAUGA